ACUAUUCUUUACAAAACCAGGUCGAGCGAAAAUGGGACGACGAGAGAGAUUGAGGUAAAGGCGAAGAUGAACCCUAAAUAUGAUGUGUUCCUGAGUUCAAGAGGAUCCGAUGAUACUUUUGCAUUAGCCAACUACCUGUAUCACUUCUUCCGAGCUGACGGACUUAGCGUUUUUAGAGAUGACGGAACCCUAAAUAGUCCCCAAGAGCUUCCAUCAUCGAUCUACGACUCCAAGAUCUACAUGCCUAUUUUUCGAGAAACUACGCUUAUAGCCCUCGGUGCCUUGAGACGCUCGCCCUCAUGGUAGAAUUCACGUCCAGAUCAGGUGGGAUGGAAGUUAUCCUGCCCGUUUUCUAUGAUGUGGAUCGGUCUGAAGUGAAGCUGGAAACCAGAUCAAACUACACAGACCUGCUGGACGGCUACUAUGUGAGCUUUAGCAGUGAGAAAGUCGAGCGGUGGAAGAAGGCUCUUGUGGAGGCUGGUCAAGCCAACAGAUGGGAUAGAAGCUCAUAUGGGGGUGAACAUGAACUUGUGAAAUUGAUCGUUGGAGAAGUUUUUGCUAUGCUGAAGAAAAAGCAUAGUUAUGUACCUGAAGAUCUAUAUAUUGGUGCUGAGCCACAUAUGUACGUUAAAAAGCAUAAAUAUCUACGCGCUGGUGCUAGUUCACUCAAAGCCGACAUAGAGCAUAAAGUGCCUAAAGAUCUAUAUACUGGAGCUAAGCCAUUCAAAACCGAUAAAGAGCAUGAAGAUGUAUUCACUGGUGCUGGUCCACUCAAAUCCAAAAUAGAGCAUAAUUAUGUGCCUGAAGAUCCAUAUACCGGUGCUGAUCCAUUUGAUGCUGAAGGGAAGAGAAUCAAUGUUCAUACGAGUCAUUUGCAAAUGGCUCAUGCUAAGGCCCGGUUCCAGGGACCCAUGUUAUCGUGCGUGACCUCGGCAACAUGGAGAUGGUCCCUGUUAAGGUCGGUAAUUACCUGUCUGCGCUUCCUUGUCAGACUUAAAAGGUUAAGAAAGAGGGUAACAUGGAGAUGGUCCCUGUUAAGGUCGGUAAUUACCUGUCUGCACUUCCUUGUCAGACUUAAAAGGUUGAGAAAGAGGGCAACAUGGAGAUGGUCCCUGUUAAGGUCGGUAAUUACCUGUCUGCGCUUCCUUGUCAGACUUAAAAGGUUAAGAAAGAGGGCGACUAGCAAAUGGUCCCUGAUAAGGCCGGUAGUUACCUUUCUGUGCUACCUUUUCAGACUACAAAGGAUAAGAAACUGGGCAUAUCCAAAGCGCAUGUUUCACAGAAGGGUGCUAUCAUCAGAAACUUGCAAUACCUCUGAGCUUGAAGAGGGUCAAGUGUUGCAAAUCAUUAGGUUAUUGGACACAGAAGUAAACGACGUACGAAUUGUUGGAAUCCUUGGGAGGGAUGGCAUUGGAAAGACUGCUCUUGCGAAGAUCAUAUACAACAAAAUCUCCCUUCACUUUGAUGCUUGCAGUUUCCUUGCGGAGAUUGAAGAAACGACGCAGCAACCUGGUGGUGUUCAGUGUCUUCAAACCAAGUUGAUCUUUGAUAUUUUGAAAAGAGAGCAUGAGGCUGCCUUUGCUUUCAAAGGAGUACGGUUUUUGAAAAAAGUAUUUAGAAACAUGAAAGUUCUCCUUGUUCUUGACGGUGUGGAAAGUGGAUCCCUCCUCGAGGUGUUUGUAGGACCUAGGCUUGAUUGGUUUGGUUUGGGAAGUAGAAUAAUAGUCACCUCAAAACAAGGAAGCGUUCUUCAAGGGUAUGUUGAUCGAGGGUUGGCUUAUACUUACUAUGUUAGUCCAAUGGAUGAUAAUCGAGCUUUCGACCUUUUCUGGCAGUAUGCGAUGGGGAAGAGUAAUAAAUUACAUCCUUAUGUUGAAAUUGCAGACAAAAUAGUCAAGGCUGCAGAGGGACUUCCACUACUUGUCAAAGUUUUUGGUUCUUUUUUGCAUGGUAAAGGAAAAAAUGUAUGGAUUGAGUUCAAAGAUCAUGUACAAGAAUUUCAGGAAGAUUACCAGAAGAUUCUGAGCGUAACUUAUGAAGCAUUAGAUCAAAAGCAGAAGCAAAUGUAUCUUGAUAUUGCUUGUUUUCUCCCGGAUGUGGAUUGCAGGAUUGCUUCAUAUAUGUGGCAUGAUUAUGAUCGUCCUCAUGAUGAGAUCGAGGUCCUUCGUCGUAUGUCCCUAAUAACAAUGGAAAAAAAUAAAAUAGGCAUGCACAGCAUCCUUAGGUGUCUUGCCAGGAAGAUUAUUUCUGUAGGAUUUCAUGAUCCAGGAACAUGGCGUAGAUUCUACAUUCCUGCCAUAGCCCAGGAAUCAAGGAAGAGGAAAAUGGGAACUGACCACCUUGACACUGAAGUGGGAGGAUUUCAUAUCCCGCCGAGCACGAAAUUUCUCAGCUUGGGUCGCACCAAUAUUGGUGUAAAAUUUGCAGAUGCCUUACUGAAUGUUCGGUGGCUUCAUUGGCAAGGGUGCCCUCGAGAUUUUGAAGCAAUUGGCAUUGAUUUAGAGAACCUAGUUAUUCUUGAUCUUCCAUGGAGUAAGGUUACAGAAUCCUGGGGUGGUUGGAAAGGAAUUAAGAUGGAGCGUUUGAAAGUCUUGAAUCUUACAGGUUGUGCAGACUUAAUAGUUACUCCCAGCUUCUCUUGUUGCCCAAAUUUGGAGAUCCUGAUUCUUGAGCAAUGUUCUCGAUUGGUUCAUUUAGAUCCUUCAAUUAAUGAUCUGAAGCUUUUGGUUACCCUGAAUUUGAAGUUUUGCUCCGAACUAAGCGUUUUGCCAGUGGAAAUGGAUGGGAUGAAUGCUUUGAGGGAGCUCCUGAUUGAUGGCACUUUCGUACGAGAACUUCCUGCGUCAAUAGGCAAAUUGGUUCAACUGCAAAUUCUUAGUGCCGCUAAUUGCUUCUCAUUGGUUCGUGUUCCUGGUUCCGUUUGUGAACUUAAAGCUCUUUCAGUGCUAGCCUUGGAUGAUGCGAAAAUUCUUGAACUCCCGGAGUCAAUUGGAGACUUGGGGGAACUCAGAUGCUUGUUAUUGAGGGAUUGUCAUGGGCUGGGAGAGCUUCGGAAUCCAUUGGAAAACUGGAAGAAUCUUUAGAAGAGUUGGAUAUUUCAGGUACGGGUAUUUCAGAGCUGCCUGAUUCAACUAAAAACCUGCAGAGUUUGAAAGUGCUGAAAAUGGAUUCUUGUUUUAUAAGAGAAUUUCCUCGAUACAUUGGAGAGUUGAUAAACCUGGAAGAGGUACAUGCGUCCCGGUGUAGGAGCUUGGGGGGAGUGAUUCCGAGUGAUAUUUCGAAACUACAUCGUCUCAGAGAACUGAGGCUUCAAUGUACUCGUAUAUCCAGCCUUCCAUCAGAAAUCCAGUUCAUGUCAAGUCUUCAGACUCUGGAUUUGCUGCACUGCGACCUUCUCAAAGAGUUGCCUCCCCCCUUCCCUCUAACCUAAUUAACCUCUAUGUCAAUCCCAACUUAAUAAAAAAAAUGUAAGAAUUUUCAAAAUUCCGCUGUCGGUGGCAUUUAUCGUGACAUGGCAGGAUCAUGGGCUAGAUUCUGCCCAAAUUGACCGCAUUUGUACAACAUAGCUCAGUUUCGCUCAGUGAACUAUCUUUAAAAGGUAAUUCCGUUCAUCCAUGUGAUAUCGUCAUUCUGUAAUACAAUCUGUGGUUGAACGGUAUUUCUAUCCGAAUGGCCAACUGUGACAAUAUUAUCCA